UCAACGCUACUAUCCAAAAAUACGUCCCAUUAAAAAACAUCCUAUAUUUUAUCUUGUAAUGUGUUAAGUCUAAGUUAGCAGUAUGGAGGGGCGGAGGAGCUGGGAUGGGAUUCCUUUGGGGGAGUCCCACUCACCGCCGCAGUCGGUGCCAGGGCGAAGGACCCCGCUGGGCGCCGUUGGGCUCGGCGGGUUCUACAUGCAGGGCGGGCAGCCUCCGCCUCCCCAGCACUGCUAUCCCACGGAUGAGAACCAGCCGGAACCGGGAACCAGCUAUGCUCAAAGACCGAUGGGAGAAGGAAAAGGAAAACAAAAGAUGCGCCAAGGGAAGACAGUGAGACUUAACAUAAACGCUAGAGAAAGAAGACGAAUGCAUGAUCUGAAUGACGCACUAGACGAACUCCGUGGUGUCAUCCCUUACGCUCACUCGCCGUCCGUACGCAAGCUGUCCAAAAUAGCAACCCUCCUCCUUGCCAAAAACUACAUCCUAAUGCAGGCUAGCGCUCUCGACGAGUUACGAAGACUGGUAGCGUAUCUUCAGAGCACAGCAUCUGCUGCUGGCAUCGUGCCUCCUCCUGGGUUCGAUCUGACCGGUUUCCCCGCGGCUGCCAAGUUGUUGCAGUCCUCCACUGGCCCUCCCGCGCCCCCUGAGCCGCCAUCUUGAGACCCAACUGUCAAACUAGAACCCUAAGUAUUUUAAUAUAAGUAUUCAUGUAUUAAUCAAAAUGUAUAUUAUAAGGGUACUUUUUAUAAAAUUGACAUGACAUAGAUACUAAAAUAUUUGAUAAUGAUUGAAAUUGGAGUAAUGUUAAUUGCCUACUAACAGUAAAACUUUCUUUUGUUUCAACUAUAGAACUCUAGUUAUCAAGCAUUAACUUAGGACCUAACUACAAAAAAGUUGUGAUUUAAUUACAUUUUAACUUAAACAUACUAUGUUAAAACCCUUUUAUCGCACGCUGAUAUUAAAUGUUACCAGAAAUCAUGAUUAUUGAAAUCCUUAUGCUUCGGCUUGAGCUUGACAAAUAAAUAACAAAGUACUUAUGUAUAUCGGAAACAUAACCACGUUAAGGUCCAUAUUAUCAAACAGCGGCGGUCAAAGGGUUAAAACAGGUAUCUAACUAAAAAGUCAACUGUUUUUUUAGUAAUGAAAUUAGUGUUUUAAGAUAAAUGAUGAUUACUCUACCAUAAAGGAUU